AUGAGCUACAACCAAAACCGCCCGUACCGUGGAGGCCGCAGACGAAACAGAGACGACUGGGACAAUAACCGAAGGGAUGCCGUUGAAUCUCCUGAGCAGCGACUCAAGUCUGCAAUUCUCAAAUUCGGAGAAGUGGAUGCGGUCGAAGAGCUCUCGGGUCUGGUGAAGCAGAUUCAUGCCGAAUCGACAGUGGUUCUGCCUUCAAGCAUUUCAGAGGCGUUCAGAAUAGGUGUAACUGAACAACCAUACAAAAUUCCGUCCUAUGUCGCUCUGCUGAGGAGUCUGUACGACCCGAGCGACGUCGAGGGACCGCCUGGUGCACCACCAUUAGCUCGUCAAAUUCUUGAAGACUUCUGGAAGGGCUUUCAAGCAUACCUCGACAAAUUGUCAUGGAGGGACACUCGGCUUUGCAUACAUUUCUUCGCCCACCUUACCGUUGCAGGAAUCAUAUCUGCAGAUUCUAUGUUCGGGCUUCUGCAAUCCUUCACGGCUGUCUUGGACGAGUUCGGUGUAUCCCAUGGGCGGGCAAAGCAGGCGGCGCUGUGCGCUGCUGAAGGGUUAAUGAUUGCUGGUCAAGUACUCAAGCAAACGUCCUCGUCGAAAGUCACGGAUAUCAUGACCGCCAUUCAGACAUAUAACGACACUACCAUGACCUCCCGAUGGAUCGUCUUACCCCUCGUCCAUUUGCACUCGACCGAGUCAAAUUUCAACAACGUUGAUGAGCUCCUCGAUUCCCUCUUAUUGGCAUUAAAAGCCCUUGAUGAUUCUGACUUUACCGAGACCAAUAAUACUUAUCCUCAGUCCUAUGCGUCUUUCCCCGCCCUCGACUCUGCGGAGCACCCUCAAUUCGAUCUCCCUUCUGUUCUUGUUCCACCGGAAGUCAUCGAGUUGGAUGGGCUCACUAACGAUGACGGUGAAGAUGUGCAGGUACAAAAGCAGGAAUGGCCCGAAUAUUACAUUCGUCUAUUCGAUGAUGAAAUAUCGCCAAGUCCCAAGACGCCUCUAGGUUACGCCACGCGUUCUACGAUAGUAGACGUGGUUGAUAUUUUCGAGGUGAAUCGGAAAGAAUGCGCUCGUCUACUGUUGGAGCUGCCGAAGUGGACGUCGCCUGGCGUGUUCAAGCCUAGGCCAGGUGCACCUGCAGCUGAAGACCCCACACCGGGCCCCAACUGGCAGCUAGAAAGCACCAUCAUUGAGGUCAUCCUGGGCUCGCUGCUAGUCCUCCCCGAAUCCUCUCAUAAAUCGCUAUACUACUUCGGGUUAAUCACCGAACUGUGUAAGUUGUCGCCACCGACGGUCGGCCCCGCCGUUGGCAAAUCCAUUCGCAAGUUAUACACGAACCUUGCAGAGGGCCUCGACGUCGACGUCGCGCGCCGCUUUGCAGAGUGGUUCGCCGUGCAUAUGAGCAACUUCGGCUUCCAAUGGGUGUGGAAGGAAUGGAUACCGGAUUUAUCUCUUGACCCGCAACAUCCUCGUCGUACAUACAUGCGACGUGCGAUCGAAUUCGAGAUACGGUUGGCCUACCAUGAGCGCAUCCAUAAGACGCUUCCACCGGAAAUGCAAGACCCAGCUUCAUUGACCAUCUCAGAGCAACCCCCGGGCCCAAACUUCGAGUACGAUGAAGCAGAUCACGUACACCAUGAUGCAGCGCAGUCGGUGCUCAACCUUCUCCGAGGUAGGGCCAAACCAGACGAUGUGAUUGCAGAGCUGGAGACUCUCAAGUCCUCGUUAGAGUCUUCCGACACCGAGCACGUAGACAGCGUCGUCCGUUCCAUCGUCGUCCAAUCCCUCCUCCAUAUCGGUGCUCGCUCCUUCUCCCAUCUCCUCAACGCCAUUGAACGUUACCUCCCCCUCCUCCGUCACAUCGCCAGCGCCGGAGUCAGCAGCACCGGCGGUAGUGGCAAUGCCGAGGCCAAAACUGAUAUCCUCACCGCCGCUGCAACAUUUUGGAGGCAGAACGGGCAGCUGGUGGGGAUUGUGUUCGACAAGCUCAUGCAGUAUCAGAUAGUGGAUCCUACGGAUGUGAUAACGUGGACAUUUGCGAACGGGGGUGCUGUCUCCGAUAGGAACCAACACACGUCGAAGUAUAUGAGUAUGUAUGAAUGGGAUCUAGUGAAAGGAGCGUUGGAUAAGGCCAACGGACGAGUGAUGAUCGCGAGGCGCAAAGUGACUGCUCUGCGCAAGGAAGACGAUGAAACGCGAGCGCGGGCUAAUGCUCGCGUUGGAGAGACGAUGGAAGUCGAUGCGGAUGGUAAAGCUGAUGAGCUACCAACCUCCGAAAAUCCUCAAUUAACAGCAGCACUGAAAGCAUUCGCCACCCUCACUCGUGAACAAAAGGCCGCGCUGUCGUGCACUCUUGAGGGCUUCGUCGGGGCGCUUACCAAUCCCGAUCAGAGAGUACAAGUCCAGCAAGUCGUUUCGGCAUCUGAAUGGGAGAAUAGGGAGACGUGGAAUAGUGAACAAUGGAGUGCAUGGGAGACAUGGGGGUGGUACCGCAACUUCUGCAGAAUGUACUCGCCGUACCUUCGCAACUACUCCACGACGCUCUACACGAUCUCCCUUUCCCGUUUUGAGGGCUCCUCAGACCCCGUUGAGCAACUGUUACACAAGACUUGGAACAUUGCAAUGGGCGUAGAGUAG